AUGGCCACAAAACGAUCCCGCUUCGACGACCGCGUCUUCACAAUCUCAGACCUCGCAGCCGAAGCCGCAAAACGCGUCCCCAAGCCCAUCGAGGAAUACAUAAACUCCGGAGCCGGCGACAUGGAGACCCUGCACGAUAACCAAGAGGCCUUUCGACGGUACAAGCUCCGGCCCAGAGUCCUCCGGAACGUAGCAGAUGUGGACACCUCGACAUCGAUUCUGGGCUGCAAGGCUGCAUUUCCUCUUGGCUGGUCACCUUCCGCAGCGCACGGACUAUCACACAAGGACGCGGAGUUGGCCACAUCCCGGGCAGCGGCGAAGAAUGGGAUUCCGAUGAUACUGUCAUCCUGGUCCAAUACGAGGCUGGAGGAUGUUAUUGCGGCUGGGAGGGGGAAUGCUUAUGCGAUGCAAGUGACGUUGCUCAAGGACAAGGAUGUGACGCUCCAGAUGAUCAGGCGAGCAGAACACGCCGGAUACAAGGCACUUUUCGUGAGUGUUGAUCUUCCGAUCCUUGGGAAUCGAGUGAACGAGUGCCGCAAUGAGUUUGCGUUCCCGCAACAUCUGUCGUUCCCAAACCUGGCUUUCGUCAGCGACGAGACGGUCAGCACUGAUGACCUAGAUUAUGGUAAGAUCUCGAGGAUAUCAUUACUGUCUGUACCGGUCGAGCUAACUCUUGUAGAUCCAAGCGCCGAGUGGGAUGAGCUCAUACCGUGGUUACGGCAGCAUACAAAGCUUGAGAUCUGGCUUAAAGGAAUCUACUCUCCUAAAGACAUCCAGCUUGCGAUUGACCACGGGAUAGACGGAGUGCUGAUAUCCAAUCAUGGUGGCCGGCAGCUUGACGGUGUUCCAGCGACGUUAGAUGCUCUCCGGGAAUGUGCACCGGUUGCCAAAGGCCGGAUAAAGGUUGCGCUUGAUGGCGGCAUUAGGCGUGGUUCAGACAUCUUCAAGGCCCUGGCUCUCGGUGCUGACUUCUGUUUCGUCGGCAGGAUAGCGGUCUGGGGGCUCGCCUACAAAGGAGAGGCUGGAGCUGAUCUCGCGAUCAAGAUUUUGCUUGAUGAGUUCAAGAGGACCAUGAUGUUGACCGGAUGCAGAAGCAUCAGUGAUAUAAGCAAGGACCACUUGUCGAUCUUUGACUCGGAGAAGACUCUUGCGAAGCUGUAG